GUUUACAAUCUUAUAUUCUCUUGUCAAGGAUCAGUAUGUACUGGUUGUGAGUGUGUAAAUUUUUAUUGCUCGUCGUCAAGCAUCAAUAAUUCUAUUUAAUACAUUCAGUCAUGAUCUUACCAUACAAUUUCACAGCAGAAGAGGUUAUUUCGGUAGGAAGAACAUCAAGAACAAAUGUAGAAGCGGUAAAAUCGUCGCUAAAAUCCUGCAAAGAAUGUUAUGUUCCUAAAGAGUUACCAGACGAACUGAUUGUGGAGUUUCUUUUGGCCUGUGAGAAUGAUGUCGAUUUUACAACAAGAACUAUUACUGCACAUUAUAGAUUGAAAAAGGACGAGCCCCUACUUUUUGAUAAUUAUAAUGGUAUAAACCAUGAAAUUAAAGAAUUAUUCGAUAUUUGGAGUAUAUCGACGUUACCAACACGAACCAAAGAAAAUUAUGCUAUUCAUUAUUUUCGGUUGGAAAGUUCGGACUUCAAAAAAUUUAAUACUACAACAGUGUUAAGAUCAGCGCUUAUGGUAGUUGAUAUUACCUUAAAUAAUAAUCCACCUGACGGAUUUAUUGUGAUAACGGACCUUAAAUUGGCAGGACUUAGACAUUUAACUAAAUUGAAGUAUGAUCUCAUUAAGAAGUUUUUUUGUUUUAUACAGGAAGCACUACCUAUGCGGUUAAGGGCCAUACAUGUAUUAAAUAAUAAUUUUAUAGUAACUCAAUUCUUUAACUUUGUUAAAACGUUCCUCAAGAAUGAAGUAGUCGAAAGGAUACAUUUACAUCCUUCCAAUAUAAUUAUAGAAGACUUUUAUGAACAUGUAGCUCAAGAUUGUUUGCCCAAAGAUCUAAACGGAAAAUUACCGUAUCUCAAAGAACUCUCUGAAAUUACCAAACAGCAAUUUACAGAGAGACAAGAAUUUUGGAACGUAGAAGAAAAACUAAGAAAGGAAUGUAACUAGAUAAUGGAGAUCCAUCAUAUUUACCAAUUUCUUUAUUUUGUACGUAAAAGACAAAUAGAAUGUUUGUAGCUGAACGCCAAAUCAAUUCAAUAGAAUAGAGUGUCGACUCAAAAAAAUUUAAUUUGUACAUUUUUGAUGAAAAUUAAUUGAAAAACAUAUUAGAGAAAUCGUUUGUUCU